AUGGCUCUCUUUGUCCCCGUUGGUCUCGCCCUCUUGGGUCUUGCCAAUGCCCAGACGCCAGUCGGUACUGAAGUCCACCCACAACUCACAACCUAUCGCUGUACAGUGGCCGGUGGGUGUACCGAAGCCACAAACUAUGUUGUGCUCGACUCACUGGCACAUUGGGUUCACCAAGUCAAUAGCACCGUCGGCUGCGGAGACUGGGGCAAUGCUCCCAAUGCGACUGCGUGCCCUACCGAAGAGGCCUGCGCGGCCAACUGUAUCCAAGAGGCCCAGACUGAUUACAGCACCGUCGGCGUGACGACAGACGGCGCGUCGCUGCGCAUGCAGAUGAUUGUGAACAAUGCCUCGGUCUCUCCUCGCAUCUACCUUCUCGAUGAGACGGAGGAAAAGUACGAGAUGACCAAGUUUACCGGUGCCGAGUUUUCCUUUGACAUUGAUGCCACCGCGCUCCCGUGUGGAAUGAACAGUGCUCUGUAUCUUUCCGAGAUGGAGGACGAUGGUGGUCUCAGUGAGCUGAACCAAGGAGGUGCCGCUCGUGGUACUGGAUAUUGCGAUGCCCAGUGCUACACUACACCAUUCAUCAACGGUGUUGGCAACCUUGAUGGUGCUGGUGCUUGCUGCAACGAAAUGGAUAUCUGGGAGGCCAAUGCUCGUGCAACCCAAAUCGCACCGCACCCCUGCAACGAGUCCGGUGUCUACCUAUGCUCCGGAACCGAAUGCGCCUCAGAGGGCGUCUGUGACAAGAACGGCUGCGGCUGGAACACAUACCGACUUGACCAAGCCGACUACUACGGCGAAGGGUCCGAAUUCGACGUGGACACCACCAAGCCCUUUACCGUGGUGACGCAAUUCCCCGUCGAUGAGACCACGGGCAAGCUGGCCGCCAUUAACCGACUAUACGUCCAGGAUGGCGUUGUCCUCAAGGCCGAGACGGUUGCCAAGGAAGGCCUACCCGCCGUCGACUCCAUCACGGACGAGUACUGCACCGCCAGCGGCGCCAGCGCCUUUGACCGGCUCGGCGCCCUCGAGGCCAUGGGCGAUGCCAUGACCCGCGGCAUGGUCAUGGCCUUUAGCAUCUGGUGGUCGACGGAUGGGUCCAUGGUCUGGCUCGACGGUGCCUCGCAAGGCGCCGGCCCUUGCACCGACUCUGAAGACCUGCCCGAGAAUAUCCUUGCCGUGGAGCCCGAGCCCGAGGUCACAUUCAGCAACCUGAAGUGGGGUGAGAUUGGCAGCACCUUUGCCGCGGCGACCAAUGCGACUUCGCGUAUUCGCUUUGCUAGGAACCUUACCAAGAGGCACUGGUGA